UGUGCAAGGUGGUACAGCACCCUCUCUCCCUUUCUUCAUUCCUGAUUCAUUCAGGUCCUCCUGCAAAAGAUCUACCAGAUCCACGAACAUGAACGAUGAAGAAAAUAACACCGUCUAUGACACAGUCCAAAAGGAAGGGCUGCAUGAGCUUUCAGACCAGCCAGAAGAGGAUGAAGUUCCUCUUUAUGAUAACAUCCACGGAGGCCUGCCAGAAAGCAAUGUCUAUGCCACUGAUCUGGAAACCCAUGAAUAUGACUCUGUUUAUGUGACUGGAGGUGAGGAGAAGGGCUUGACCUCUUCCCAGCCAGAAGCAGCUGGAUACCUCCUGCCUGAUGAGGAUCUUGCCCAGGAUCUUCACCCAAAGGAGCAGCAGGAAGACCAGGGCAUCUCAAUGGAAGAGUUACUCUCACCCACCCAAGACCAGGAGCCUGGCCCGGAGACACCCCAGAAGGAUGGAGACAGGAAGACGGGACACUGGCUUUCCCCCCAAAACUUCACCAUCCAGCAGAGCAGGGCCUUCUUCACCAGCAAUUCUGCUGCUGAUGGCUUGGAAGCAAACAACCCAGCUUCCACACACCCUGAGAUCAGCCUGUUUGUGAAGGCUGGAAUUGAUGGGGAAAGCAUUGGCAACUGUCCCUUCUCUCAGCGUCUCUUUAUGAUACUCUGGCUGAAAGGCGUUGUGUUCAAUGUCACCACUGUGGAUCUGAAAAGAAAGCCGGCCGACCUGCACAACCUUGCCCCUGGCACCCAUCCGCCCUUCCUGACCUUCAACGGGGAUGUGAAGACAGAUGUCAAUAAGAUUGAGGAAUUCCUGGAGGAGACUUUGGCUCCUGAAAAGUACCCUAAACUGGCUGCGACACACCGGGAGUCCAACACGGCCGGCAUCGACAUCUUCUCUAAGUUCUCCGCCUACAUCAAAAACACAAAGCAGCAGAACAACGCCGCCCUUGAGAGAGGCCUGACCAAGGCACUGAAGAAACUGGACGAUUACCUGAACAACCCUCUCCCAGAGGAGAUCGACGCCAACACUUGUGGAGACGAAGACAAGAGGUCCCGACGCAAAUUCCUAGAUGGAGAUGAACUGACCCUGGCCGACUGCAAUCUGUUGCCCAAACUCCAUGUGGUCAAGAUUGUGGCCAAGAAGUACCGGAACUAUGACUUCCCGGCCGAGAUGACGGGCCUGUGGCGGUACCUGAAGAACGCCUAUGCGCGGGAUGAGUUCACCAACACCUGCGCUGCUGACCAGGAGAUCGAGUCUGCCUAUGCCGACGUCGCCAAGCGCCUCAGCCGGUCCUGAGCUCGGCCGCCUCGCCCUGCCACUGGUAGCACAAGGACUCCGCUUCUCCCAAACCAACUCCAGCCUCACUGACUCCCCUUCCGCAUUGCCUCGGGAAACAUCGUUUGGUCGCCGGCCACCUCUUGCUGGCCCCAUGGACUCUAGCCAGCUAUCUCUUAGGAAGGUCCCAGCCUACCCCAUCUGAUCCCGCCAGCAUCUGCAGGCGGCAGUGAUAGACACCCUCAAGCUCUCAGCCUUUGGGCCUGCUCCGGCUUUCAGUGUGUUUGGGGUCAGCCCUGGAGAACCUGCCUAGGGGACUGUCCCUGGCCUCUCUGCCAAUACCAGAUUCGCUGCUUGGCUGCAGUAGCAACAUGCAACCCUGUGUCUCCUUCCCCCUCCUUGUUGGCAACUCCUUGGCCAAGGACAGAUGCCAUCAAAGAUCUUACUAGAAAGAGAGCCACCCCAUUUGGGGGAGACAGAGAGAGUGAAAGGAGGACAGGCAGGCUGUGGAUUGGGCGGCUGGCACACACACCUUCAGUCCCUCUCUGCUUUCUGACGCUCCGGUCACACAGGGCACUGAGGACCAGACUGUAACACCAUUUCAGACUGUCUCUGUAGGCUGCAGGGUGAGAAGGUCAUGAUGCUCUCAUGUAUCUGGGGGACACCCACCUCUGUGCUAUGCUGUCCAGGCCUUUUGAGAAAGCGAAGUUGGCAUGCAGUCGCAAACCAGGGUGUCUGGGAAGGAGAGGGGGAACAGUGUCGAUGCCAAAAGGCCCACGGGGUCUAUUAGCCAUGGGUUUGCUUGCUUAGCGGUAGUUUUGUUGGAGGUGACAUGCCCAGGUUUGACAGAUCCACGAGUGAAUUUCAUUCUGUGAGAAAGCAGAGGGAAGGUGGGGGGCAGGGGGCGGGGGGGCGGGUGAAGAUAGAGAAGUUCUUUAUGAGGCUCAAGGUUCCCUGGGAAUCUUUCACACAGGUCUUCUUUCUCAUGAUCUCACAAAUUCUUGAACUGCUGAUGUCAUGUCACUACCAACCAAGAAUUGGCCAAAACUGACUUUCCAGUCUCUUCAAGUGGUUCCCAAAUGUGGGUCUGCCAGCCCGGUGGGGCUCCUGGCUGAGCUGGCUACAGCCUCUGAUGGGUAAGAGAUGGCAUGAUCAUGGAACACCUUAGGAAGAAAGUCCAUGGGCCUUUCUGACUGGGAAACCAUGUGGCUUGAACUUGAAGAAAAGUAGAUGCCCCUGCUGUCUGACUCACCUGCCAGAUGAAAAAGGAACUUUUUAAAGCUAAUAUUUCUCUCCUCAGUUGCUUUCCUUCAGUUUUACCUCCUUCAAAGCUCAUCUGGCUUGAGCCUAGGGAACCUGUGCAGAGGGAACUAAGAAAAAUGAGUUAAUCAUCAGCCCUCUGUCCUAGUGGUGGCCUGUGAGAACAACCAGACAUCAUAGACCGUCACCUUCAGCAGCUCUCCCAUCCGGGUUGCUGAGGUUCCCGAGUGCCAAAAAGCCCCGGGACAUGGCUUGUUGCUCAGGAAUGUCAGGCAACAACGGUUCUUCCAUAGAAACAUUGGCACAUCGUUGGCCCAGCCACCCCCAGACAGAACUUUGUCUUCAGGGAUCUCUGAAGAGAUCACGUGGCCAUGAUCUUAGCAGAGGGGAGGAAGCAAGAGCCCCUUGAGCCCAGUGAGGAAGAGGAAAUUUCUCAGUAGGAUGUUUUAUUAGCCUGAGAGCUUUGCAAGGGCAAGAGGCAUUGAUUCAUUCCUUCCUCUAAAGAAACCUUCCCAGGGAUUCCCUGGGAAUGGAGUCCCUAGACAUGUUUCAAAAAGAACAUGGUGAGGAAACAGUUCUUUUUACUGUAGGGAAAAGCCCCAAACUGGCCUCUUGGGAGAUGAAGUCUGGAAUGAUCCCAGAGGACUUUUAAUUAGUGUAAAUCCUGUUGUCCUCAGAAACCCUGACCUGACUUUAGCAACACAGUCACAGUGACCUAAGAGGCAGUUUACUUUCCAGAGACCCGCGGUGGUGCUGUUCUAGAAGCACAGCGGUGUAGCAAAGGCAGUGGGACAGAAAACAGGCUUCCAGAUGGCACAGCUCCCGGCUAGGGGUUGUCUGAUACUAAUGACUGAUUUGAGAGUCAGAAUUCAGCCAUGGGCUGGUCUUAAAGUCUUUAAAAACAAAGAAGCCAAACUGAAUCAAUAUUGUUUCUAGAUGUUCCUUCUGUGGUUUACUUAGUUUUGCAUAAAUAACGAUAUUAAGGCACCAGUGGGGGGAGGCAGUUAAAUGAUCAGUUAUAACCACGGAAAACGGGGGACGGAGUUAGAGAUGGAAAGCACUUUUGAGUACUUAAUUCAAGAAUAUCUUUUGAUUUCAAUUUAAGAUUAUGACAUAAUACAACCGACUCUUGACUGAAAGCUUUAAUGUCUUAUGACCAGAUUUAGCAGAAUAUUUAAACAAUAAUAUUACCUUCUGAUUAUUUUUCCCAAAAGAGAUUUUCUUCUCUAGAUCCUUCAGCCUCCCUGGGUUUUGGCCACAACCCUGUCACAUAUACAGCAAAUCAUCUUCAGGCCUCAGUAUGAUGAGGUCCUUAAGCGACUCCAGAACCUGCUCAGAGAGUCCUGAAGGUUUGGUCUUCAUCCAGAGUAACCCUAUCUUUGGUCGUGAAUGAGUGUUGAUCCCUCAGAAAGCAUUUCAGUGGCAUUAGAAAGGGUUUGGGUUGAGAUCUUAUUUUAUUUUGGUUUUAUUUUUCUCCUUUGACUUUCAUGUCACUCUUUUAUUUUAUUUUUGUGGAAUAGCAUAGUGGGAGGCAAAGGCAGAAAGAAGAAUCAAACUCAGAAUGACUGUGUUGAAUUUACCCAUCUAUCAGAUUGGGCUACCUCUCAGGUUGGCCCUGAGAAGGUAUUGGGUAAGAUUUUAAUAACCUUAUGUGAUGAGCUGGAUAAUAAAAGCUUGAGUGUUCUAGAGCA